GUGGUGAAGGAAUGGCUGCUUCCCGUUCGCCGCUUCAAUGAAGGGCACAACCUACUAGUGGUCGCCACCCCAGCCCCAUCCGCUCUCGGUCUUGGAAGAGCCGCCUUGGCACAGCCGGGCUCGGCCCAGCCUUGCGCUGAGAAAGGAUGACAGCAAUCAAGCAUGCAUUACAGAGAGAUAUUUUUACACCAAAUGAUGAACGCCUGCUGAGCAUUGUGAAUGUCUGCAAAGCAGGAAAAAAGAAAAAGAACUGUUUUUUAUGUGCCACAGUGACAACUGAACGCCCUGUUCAAGUGAAGGUGGUCAAAGUCAAGAAAUCUGAUAAAGGAGAUUUCUACAAAAGACAAAUUGCUUGGGCCCUUCGAGACCUUGCUGUGGUAGAUGCCAAAGAUGCUAUCAAAGAAAAUCCUGAGUUUGAUUUACAUUUUGAAAAAAUAUAUAAAUGGGUUGCCAGCAGCACUGCUGAAAAGAAUGCAUUUAUCUCAUGCAUUUGGAAGUUGAAUCAGCGAUACCUCCGGAAGAAAAUUGAUUUUGUCAAUGUUAGCGCUCAGCUCUUGGAAGAACUGCCUAAAGUUACAGAAGAAUCUGUUCCAAGUGGAGAAAAUCAGAGCGUGACAGGGGGAGAUGAAGAAGCGGUAGAUGAGUACCAAGAGUUAAAUGCAAGGGAAGAGCAGGAUAUUGAAAUAAUGAUGGAAGGCUGUGAAUAUGCGAUCUCAAAUGCUGAGGCCUUUGCAGAAAAGUUGUCCCGAGAGCUGCAGGUGCUAGAUGGGGCCAACAUUCAGUCAAUCAUGGCCUCUGAAAAGCAGGUAAACAUCCUGAUGAAAUUGCUGGAUGAGGCUCUCAAAGAGGUGGAUCAGAUUGAAUUGAAACUGAGCAGUUAUGAGGAAAUGCUCCAGAGUGUGAAAGAACAAAUGGAUCAGAUCUCUGAAAGCAACCACCUAAUUCAUCUUAGUAACACUAACAAUGUAAAACUCCUGUCAGAGAUAGAAUUUCUUGUGAAUCACAUGGACUUGGCCAAAGGUCAUAUAAAGGCCCUUCAGGAAGGGGAUCUUGCUUCUUCAAGAGGCAUUGAGGCCUGCACCAAUGCUGCUGAUGCCCUUCUGCAGUGCAUGAAUGUUGCUCUUCGACCUGGCCAUGACAUGCUUUUGGCAGUCAAGCAGCAACAGCAGCGGUUCAGUGAUUUGCGAGAACAUUUUGCUCGGAGACUGGCUAGUCACCUCAACAAUGUUUUUGUUCAACAGUUUACUCAGGCCCUCCUUCAACUCUAUAACAGGUCCUACUUUCUUUCGGUUCCUGGUCAUGAUCAGAGUUCAACUCUUGCUCAACACUCUAUUGAACUGACUUUACCCAAUCAUCAUCCAUUUCAUAGAGACUUGCUCCGGUAUGCCAAACUGAUGGAGUGGCUAAAGAGCACAGAUUAUGGAAAAUAUGAGGGACUAACAAAGAAUUACAUGGAUUAUUUAUCCCGACUCUAUGAAAGAGAAAUCAAAGAUUUCUUUGAAGUUGCAAAGAUCAAGAUGACUGGCAUGACUAAAGAAAGCAAGAAGUUUGGUCUUCAUGGAAGUUCUGGGAAAUUAACUGGAUCUACAUCUAGUCUGAAUAAACUCAGUGUUCAGAGUUCAGGGAAUCGCAGAUCACAGUCAUCUUCCCUGUUAGAUAUGGGAAACAUGUCUGCCUCUGAUCUCGACGUGGCAGACAGAAGCAAAUUUGAUAAGAUCUUUGAACAGGUACUGAGUGAACUGGAGCCCCUGUGUCUGGCAGAACAGGACUUCAUAAGUAAAUUUUUCAAACUGCAGCAACAUCAGAGUAUGACUGGAAAUAUGACUGAAGCAGAGGACCUGGACGGAGGAACUUUAUCACGACAACAUAAUUCUGGCACACCCCUGCCAGUUUCUUCUGAAAAAGACAUGAUUCGCCAAAUGAUGAUUAAAAUAUUUCGCUGCAUUGAGCCAGAACUGAACAACCUAAUUGCAUUGGGAGACAAAAUUGACAGCUUUAACUCCCUUUAUAUGCUAGUCAAAAUGAGCCACCAUGUGUGGACUGCACAGAACGUGGACCCUGCUUCUUUUCUAAGUACUACAUUGGGAAAUGUUUUGGUGACUGUCAAAAGGAACUUUGACAAAUGCAUUAGUAACCAAAUAAGACAAAUGGAAGAAGUUAAGAUCUCAAAGAAGAGUAAAGUAGGAAUUCUCCCAUUUGUUGCUGAAUUUGAAGAAUUUGCUGGACUUGCAGAAUCAAUCUUUAAAAACGCUGAGCGUCGUGGAGAUCUGGAUAAAGCAUAUACCAAGCUUAUUAGAGGAGUGUUUGUUAAUGUGGAGAAAGUAGCAAAUGAAAGCCAGAAGACCCCGAGGGAUGUGGUUAUGAUGGAAAACUUUCACCAUAUUUUUGCAACUCUUUCCCGUUUGAAAAUCUCAUGUCUAGAAGCUGAAAAAAAAGAAGCCAAGCAAAAAUACACAGAUCACCUUCAGUCUUACGUCAUUUACUCUUUAGGACAACCUCUUGAAAAACUAAAUCAUUUCUUUGAAGGUGUUGAAGCUCGAGUAGCACAGGGUAUAAGAGAAGAGGAAGUAAGCUACCAACUUGCCUUUAACAAACAAGAAUUGCGUAAAGUUAUUAAAGAGUAUCCUGGAAAGGAAGUGAAGAAAGGUCUCGAUAACCUCUAUAAGAAGGUUGAUAAACAUCUGUGUGAAGAGGAGAACUUACUUCAGGUGGUAUGGCACUCCAUGCAAGAUGAAUUUAUACGCCAAUACAAGCACUUUGAAGGUUUGAUAGCUCGCUGUUAUCCUGGAUCUGGUGUUAUGAUGGAAUUCACUAUUCAGGACAUUCUGGAUUAUUGCUCCAGCAUUGCACAGUCCCACUAAACCUUGUGAAAGAAGAAGAGAUAAACAAAUGCAGCAUUCUCAGUACACCAGACGCUACCUAAGAAAAGCAAAACAACCGCUUUGAGAACCCAGACUUCAACUUUUAUGUAUUAUUAAAUGUCAGAUAAAUGUAUUAUACUACAAAUAUCUAACUGCAAAAGUACUAGCCUGUAUGUGGCAGUUUUAUUUUCCCAGUAGGUUGUGUACUAAACUUAAAGCAUGUAUCUCAUCUGAAAUACCUUAAACAUUUUUAGAUGAGUGAACAGAAAAUCCCUUUAUUGCUUAGCUUCUUGUGUUUGAGAGUGGUUAUGCUAUGUGUAACACAUUGGGAGUUCUUCAGCAAUUCACUAUUUCCCUAUUGCUUACAAAUUAUUUAACCUGUUGUACAGAAUUGUUUUGUCCCACUGUCUAAUAGGUGUGUAUAGAGAUAAGGGAGCUCAUGUAAAGAUAGUUGUAAACUUAAGGUUUGAGGAUGAUGUGCCGAUGUAGCAGCAAGUCUGAAAUAAA